ACUACUCUGCCGAAAGUCAUGAAAACGUCUUGUUUUAAUCACUGUAUGCAAGAAGUCCAACUAUUUGCACCACAUGGUGCAAACUCGUUAGUGUUACAAAACACUGGCUACAUUAAAUGUUUGACUUGAUUUUUACGCUCACUUGCAUGUGUGGGGGCGGCAGCAAGCAGAAACCGGCUGACGGAGAGGGGGAGCGAAGCGCUCCCUCCCUCUCUCCCUCCUCUCUGUGCGCUCCGAGCGAGACUCCGCUCCUCUCUCCUACAUUAUUCAAACAUGGCGAAAGUCUUUGCCAUUAUACCACCUCGAUCACCGUGCUCUGCUUCAUCGGUUCCGUCACAAAUACAGUCACCAUCUUUACCGUCACCGCUACCCUUAUCUCCGGCACCGUGAUGACCCGGGAGGAUGGAGAAGUUGUCGGCGACCCUGUCGGAGAUCACUUGGAGCCCCUUGGCGCUGCCGCUGGACGCAGUGGUCAGCAAGUACCGCCUGCCCACUCUGGUCCGCUUGGCCCACGGCGAAUGCGUGGAAGGGCUGUCAGAGGACGACGUGGUGCUCCUGCACUCCUGCCGUCAGUGGACCACUGUGACUGCCCACAGCUUAGAGGAGGGACACUACGUCAUCGGGCCCAAGAUUGACAUUCCGCUGCAGUACCAGGGCAAAUUCAAGUUACUGGAUGAGGAUCGUGACGUCAGGGAUCCGGUCCAGUAUUUCUCCAGUGUGGAGGAAGUUGCUGGAGUCUUCCCUGACCGGGUCUUUGUCAUGGAAACAAUCACUUUCAGCGUCAAGGUGGUUUCUGGGGAGUUCAGUGAGGACAGCGAGUCCUACAGCUUCACUCUGCAGGCUGGAGAUGAGCUGUCACUCAUGGGGAAGGCAGAGCUUCUGUGUGCCACACCACCAAAGGAAAAGACGGGACUGAGCGCACUUUUGAGACGCUUGGGAAAGACUCCAAGAAGUAAAACGCCCUGUCUGGUCUGUAUGAACCAUCGCACCAACCAGAGUGUCAGUUUGCCCUUUGGCUGCCGCGGACGCUUUUGUACUCGUUCCCCCUUGGAGCAAGGCAUGUUGGGAGGGGAGCACACGGUCCGCAGCAUCAUUGAGAGAGUUCGCCUCCCCGUAAACGUUUCUGUGCCUUCCCGGCCCCCACGGAACCCCUACGAUCGCCACGCCGUGCGAGAAGGCCACCGUUACAAACUUCUCAACAUCGUCAGCAAGACGGUGGUGCUCUGUUUGGUUCUCCGACAACAGGAAGUUUCUCCCUCGCACUUCCUGCUGCUACGCUGCAUGCCCCGUUUUAAUGUGGCUGAGGCUUCUCUUCAGACGGCAGCACUAGAGAGCCUCCUGCUGAGGCACGCCUUCGACCCGGACGCCUACUCCCGGGCUGUGAGAGAAACACGGCCAGAGCUGGAGUGUAUGACAGAGGAGUGUGUGAGCCCUCGCCGCUCUCGGCUGUGUGUGUCGGGUCAGGACUCGCUGGCUCCGGCACUGCAGCGCCUCUCAAUGUGCGGGUAUUUAGGUGGGGUUUCAGAAAACCUAUCACAACGCUGCAGGGACUCUGUAGGAGAGCGGCUAGGGGAGGGACCCGGUGAGGAGAGGGAGUAUGUGACUCCUGAGUGGGGUGAGGAUGAGUUGAGGACCAGUGAGGAGAUCCCCUAUGAAGAACUCUGGACCAAUCAGAAUGCAGAGAGUUUGGGGAAAGAACCAAACCUUAUUUCCUACCACACAUCUUCCUCCUUGGACGGUUCCCUUGGAACCAUGGUGACAAGAGUGUCUACCCCACCACCUAUACCUCCAAAAUCUGAUGCUGUGAGGGAGGAGUGCCGAUACCUGCUUGCCCCUCCGGUGCCACCUCGCUGCUCUAAAGGAGGCUCCAUCUCCAGUCCGGCCCCCAGCCCCCCUCUUCCACCUCGCUUCCCCAAGACCUCUGCCUCCCUGAGACCAAACCUCUCCUUCUACUCCGCCGGACUGCAUGACAGCUGCUCGCCCUCUCCAGACGCCACCCUCUACUGUUACCCGUGUUCCUGGGCUGACUGUCCUGCUCCUAAUCCAGCCGGUCCUGAUCCGGUCUCUGCAGUCCCUGCAGACAGUACAUCUAGCUCGCAGCCUGCACAGGCCACCUGGGCAGAGCCGUGGGUAGAUUCAUUUACAUCCCCCACACCUCGACUCAGGCCACCGCCCCCACAGAGCAGGUUUGCACCAUUUGGUGCAUUAAACCCCUUCAACCGCCAGUCGCCUUGCCCUUCACCCGAACUUGCUACCAAUCCUACUAAUGAUUCUUCCAGAGGCGCAGAAGGUGGUGGGACAUCAGCAAGUGGCACUGACGGAUCUUCCCCUCCUCCUGACCCCACCUGGAGGCCUCCUGCUGACCUUUCUGCACUAUCAUUGGAGGAGGUGUCGGCAUGCCUGCGGUUCAUCGGCCUACCAGAGGCGGCUGUGGCCGUCUUCCAGAGGGAGCGGAUUGACGGCAGCCUUUUGGUGCAGCUGACUGAGGACAUUCUGUCACAUGACUUUCACCUGAGCCGUCUCCAUGUGACCAAAAUCACACAAUUUAUACAGGGCUGGAGGCCCAAAAUCUAACCCUCAAUAUCCUGAUAAUGUGCCUGUUGGCUACUCAGCCUUCCUGAAUGUGCCUUCCACUGUGACCUACUGGCUGCUGAGCCCCACUGCUUAAAGCCUAAGGAAACCACGCCCCACUGUGGUUAAACUGCAGAACUGAUUCCUGACUCUAUUACUGCAGAUUCUUUUCUCUGAAUUUCAGACUGGAUCUAGUUUACUAACAUUGGCUCCAGAUGAGAAUGAAAUAAUUAAAAUGUCCAACUUCCAGAUUUUCACAGAAAGACUUUUAGAUGAUGUAUGGAGUCUUGUGGCCAUCAUUCUCCAAUCCAAUAAAAAUCUGAUUUGACAAAAAAACAUUAUUAAGCAUGAAAAGUCUUUUGACAUUUUUUUUUAGGUUCUCAAUGAGCUUGAGUAAAAGGUCCAUUAAACACCAACUUUUUACCAGUAGGAUGAGUAAUACUGAGCAUGUCCUUGUAAACUGGUCUCCUGCACAACCUUCUUUGUCUCCUUGAGCUUCAGUGGUGUGUAACUGGAACAAAUAACAAAAAGGUUUUCAUAGGAGCUAAAACAACUAGGUAAACUAAAUUAAUAAAAUAACAAACUAUCAAACUGUGUUAGUAAUAGAACUCUAUAAGUACAAAACUGAGGUUGAACAACCUGUGAAUGUUCAGCCUUGUUUAUCUGGGCUAUUCUGUGCUUCAUAGCAUUGGCAUUCUUCAUCAGUAUUCAUCUUUGCUGGGUAACACAGCAAACUCUCAUGUAUAAUUUUAGAUACAUUAUUUUAUUCCAACGACACAUGAAUUUUAUAGUUUGCCCAAAUCACAAAAAAAUCAUUCCUUAUGAUAUACCUCGGAUUGCUUAUUCUGAUAUGCUUUAUGUACCCAAAAUAUUUAACUACAUUUAAAUCUCUUUUUAUUAUUAUUAUUUCACACCAUUUGAGGCUUAAACUAUAACAAUAUAAUGCACCAGAGUAGACAAUGCAAAUUCAAAGACCUAUAUUCAAAUUGGUGAAGUUUAGGAUUUUUUAACACAGUUCCUAUUAUAAAUGUUGAUUCAAUACGUUAUAUAAUUGGCUGAGUAAUCCAGAAGUAUUAAAACAGUAGAUAUAUAUAUAUAUGAACAUAACCAUAAUCAAAGACUUAUUUUCUAUUUAUAGGAUAAUAAAAUGGCCAGAUGUUUCCAGAUGGCCAUGAAGAUGUGAUUUCUGUUUUCUAUACUUUGUUUUAUCUGUGAUUGUAUCGUUGCCAUGCAAGCUGCUGUUGCUGCAUUAGGUCAGAUACACUAUAUUGCCAAAGUAUUGGGUCACAGUGCCAAAUCAAUGGGUUCUGGUGUUCCAGUCACUUCCAUGACUGCAGGUGUAUAAAAUUUGGUGUGGAGAAACUUGACUGACCUGCACAGAGUCCUGACCUCAACCUUCUUGAACACCUUUGGGAUGAAUUAUAGCAGAGGCUACAAUUCUGGUGUUCUCAUCUAACUAUGAACACAUUCCUAAACCUUGAGGAAGAGGAACAGGACGUCAUUAAAGUUCAUGUACAUGUAAAAAUAGGCGUACAAAUACUUUUGGCAAAAUAGUGUAUAUUUCACUUUAAAAUGUUUAUGUUCCCAAAACUCAGUGGUCUUCUUGAUGGAUCAAAAGGCUGCUUAAUGAGGGUUUUGGCUAUCUGUUUCUUGUGUUAUUUUAAAGACUCUGGCAUACCCAUGAAAUAUCAAUCUCUUUACCCUGUAACUGCAUGACCACCAUCAAAAGAGAGAUGCAGAAAUAAAAGAGUGAUAUUCUAAAUAAACUGAAACUGAAUGAGCUUUGACAUGUUUAAUUAGGCUAAACUCUACAACAUGCAGACAAGAGGCUUAGUGAUGUUGCCACAGUAAAUGAUACAACAGGCUUGAAGAAACAGGUCACUCAGUAAGGUCCAGUUUAAUCACUGUGCUGACAAUACCCGUUUUGAGCGAAUUACUAGACAUCUGUACGAGUGACUAUUAAAUACUGAAGCUGCUGUCA